AUGUCUGCAACGGAGCUGAACCCGGCGCUCUCGCCGCUUCAGCGGCAGGCCGCCUUGAAGAAGUACCCGGCGGUCCCAAAGGUGUGCGUCGUCACGGGGGGAACGGGGUUUGUGGGCAUGCGGCUGGUGGAGAUGCUGGUGGAGCGCGGGGCCGAGCGCGUGGUUUGCUUUGACAUCGUCCCGGUGGAGAAAACCGUCGGCGCGUGGCGGCACCCCGCCAUAGAGUACGUCGUCGGCGACAUCACAAACUACGAGGACGUCUCAAAGGCCAUCAAGGGAGCCGACUGCGUCUGGCACUUGGCGGCGGCGGUGGGUCCCUUUCAUCCGCGCGAAUUGUACCACAGUGUGAACUACGGGGGGACGAUGAACGUCAUUCGUGCGUGCAAAGAGUGGGGUGUCCACAAGCUGGUGAUGAGCAGCUCCCCCUCGACCCGCUUCAAGGGAAGUCUGUUUCACCGCCCCUGCGUGGAUGGCCUGACAGAGGACGAAAUGCCAAAGCUGCCGCUGGACGCGUACAUGCAAAUGUAUGCAGAGACGAAAGCAAAGGCGGAGAUGGCUGUGACAGCGGCCUGCUGCGACGAUCUUCUUGUGGUGAGCGUGGCGCCCCAUCAAGUGUAUGGGCCGCGCGACAACCUGUUUUUGCCAAACAUGCUGGAGGCGGCCGGAACAGGCAAGCUGCGUAUUUUUGGCUCUGGAAGAAAUCGCAUCUGCUUCACGCACGUCGACAACUACGCCCAUGGCCUUAUCAUCGCGGAGCGUCAGCUCUUCAAGGGCUCGCCCGUGCUGGGCAAAUUUUACAUCGUGACGGACGGCAGCACCCACCCCGAGCCCGACGCCUACUGUGUUUUCUGGAAGGAGCUGGACAAGGCCGUGGUGGCCAUGGGGUUUCCCUCCAUUGAGGAGAAGGCGCACUACAACUUUUGGUUCCUCUACGUGGUGGCCCUCUUCGCGGAGGUGCUGGGGUGGAUUCUGGGCCGCGUCUUCAAACUGAACGUGUUCAACGUCUUUGUCUUGACGAUGCACCGCUGGUUUCGAAUCACGGCGGCGGAGAAGGAGCUGAAGUAUGAGCCGAUUAUCCCCUUUGUCGAGGGCUGGGCCGACACCAUUCUCUGGUUUAAGGCGCACUGGCUCCCCACCUUUGAACAGCAGGACCGCUCAUGGUUUGGCCUCGCAAGGCGCUCACAGCAGAAGAUCGACAUUCAGGCGAAAAAGACAAGGUGA